CCAGUUAUUACAAAGUAGUUAACUUACUGGCAGUUGGCGUUGCGUCAUCCCCCAGUCCGGCUGACAGGCCGAUCACCUCCACCACAAUACCAUAUCCUCUAUCUACUAACCUAAUCUAUAUAAAACCCCCAAUAUCAAAAUGACCAAGAAACCCUUCUUCCUCAUAGCAUCCUCUCUCAUCUUAAUCAUAAUCAUCCUCACCACCUUAACCACAGCCAACAGCUUCCCUCUCCGAAAGCGUCUUCCCCGUCCCUUCGUCUCCGCACCACACCUCCGUCACGACCUCCACCUCCAAGACGCCACCAACAAUUACCUCGCCGACCUAAAAGAGUGGCUAUCCCAGCAACCCUCCACCAACAAAAUGGGCAGCCAAUCCUCCUCCCACGAGAAUCCCAUAAUCUCCGACGUCCUGCCCAAGAACCGCCUCAUUAACAUCUACGCCUCCCUAACCCGGCAAUUCGACUCGGUGGAGUCCCGCUUCAAUGAUCCCUCAAGCAACGUAACAGUCCUGGCGCCGCGGAACAGCGCGAUCCAGAACCUGCCGCGCAAGCCGUGGGAGAAUCCCGAGGACUAUGAGCGGUUUGGGCAGGCCGGGGCGUAUGAGGGCGAUGAGGGGCAGGAUCGGGCAACGAAGAAUCUGGAGAGGUUUGUCAAGGCGCAUGUUGUUGUCGGGAGUCCUUGGGGGGAGGGCGAUGAGGGGGUUACCCUUGCUGGGGAGAAGGUGAGGUGGAAUAGGGGGGAGGGGGGCAAGAUUUAUAUUCAACCAGGGAAUGUGGAGGUGGAUAGUAUUGCUGAGAAGGUUUCGAAUGGGGAAUUGUGGAUUCUGAAUGGGGUGGUUAAUUAUACCUAGGUUCAUUGGGUUCCAUUGGGCUGCGAUGGUUAUAUAUUUCAUUAUGAUGUUCUUCAUGCUGAUGACGAUUCUAUUAUGAUUGAUGGCUGCUGGAUAAGGUCUCUUGGCAGAGGCUCUAAUGAGGACACACCCGUCUUAGUACUCACGGUCU